CCGGGUUGUGGCCGCGCCGAGUAGCCUGUUUUCCAUUCAAUGCGCGAUGUCGCACCAUGCGGGUGCCUCAAACAAGGCUGCCUUGGAGAAGGACUUGGGCGAGCUGAAAGCAAUUGUGAACAGCUUGCGGAGUAUGAGCCAUGUCGUGGGCUUAAAGAUGACCAAGAUCCAUGAAUCCGCUGUGGACAGCGAUGAAAAGAGCAGAAAGGUCUCACAGGCGGUCGUCUCGAAGCUGGAGCCUCUCGCGGAACAGAUCAAGAACUAUGUGACGCACUUUGAAGUGGAGCUGAGGAAGGCCAUCAGUGAUGUGGAGCAGAUGGACGCGAACGGAACGACGGACUUGAAGCUACCCGGCAUCGAGAAGCGCAACGAGGCGAGCGCAGUGGCCUCAGCGUCUUUGGGAUCUCCCGGGUCCUCGCCCACGCGCUCGUCGCCACCGGAGAAGUUGAGCUUCCCCC